CGCGACGUCCUGCCACGUCACUCGGAUCCGUAGUCAACGGUUUGACGACUCUCCUCGUGAUAUGACAUCUCCUCCUUGUCUCGCUCCGGUUUUCUUGACUCGGGCGAGUUGACUCUGAGAGUUAACCCAAAUCUUUGACGAGGAAUUGAGAUCGGACGCCCAAAUUAAUUCCUUAUGGAUGGCAAUUUUCAAGAUGUCUACUUUAAAUACGAAUAAUAAUCAUUCUCACAUUUGAACUUCCUCCAUGGCUCGCUAGUAGCCUCGACGGAAAACACUAAACUUAGCCCAUGAUCAUGAGUCGACUCACUGAGUUAUUAACUAUUCAAUUCGAGAACCGCAACCGCUCGAUCUACAUCUCAAACACAACGAACAUGUAAACUUCCACUCGUAUCUCUCGGGUAACUAAAUCGCUCCCCUCUGUGACUGGAGCCUUUUCUCGACACAAAAGCUCUGCUUUCCCCUUCCCCAUCUCUCAUCACGGUAGAUGAGAGCAAGUCCAGGAACUGCCAUCAACUUUGCCGCUUCGCCUCCUUCCUCUUCCUCCUGUGCAGUCCGCGACUUCGAUGGCCAAAAGCUCAAAGCAUGGGGCAACGGAGACCGAUGCACGGAGCCUCGCCAUCACCGUCGAGAGAAACCUUCCUGAGUCGCGAUUACAACAGCUUGGCAUCAAGUCAUGGCCCAAGUGGGGGUGUCCUCCAGGAAAGUUCCCUCUCAAGUAUGAUGCCCAAGAGACGUGCUACCUCCUCAAAGGGAAGGUGAAGGUCUACACGAAGGGUUGCCCAGAGUGCAUGGAGUUUGGCGCAGGAGACCUUGCCGUCUUCCCCAAGGGACUCAGUUGCACCUGGGAUGUCUCCGUCGCUGUCGAUAAGCACUACAAAUUCGACACAUCCUCUUAGAUGUUCUUCCAUUCUAUCCAUGUUUCUUUUUACUGUACCAUUAGGCUUUCUUCUUUCUUGACUUGUGACUUAGCAGGAGAUUAGGCUUGUCAACUUUGUAGGGAAAGGACCUCUUAUCGGUCAAUGCAGGGCCACGUUCAAUGCAAUCUUGUUUGUUCCUUUGAAUGAACUUUAAAUGUUCCUUUGACCACUACCACAACCUUUGUGACUCGAGGGAUAACUUCUGCGCAACAUG